UCUCGGGAACAGAUUUCCGUGUCACACCGGCGCCGUGACCAUUUAGCGAACGGCUCUAAAGAUGCUGGACACAUAGCUUAGCGUAGCCUAGCUUAGCCAGUUAGCUGGAAUAUGUGAAUUAGAGAGAAGAGUCAGUCGAUUUGUACGCUUUGCUCUGGAGCCCGGACUGCACUGCAGCGAGGGGAUAAAAGAAGAUGGCUGGAAUUAUUAAAAAACAAAUCCUGAAGCAUUUGUCCAGGUUUACGAAGAACCUGUCUCCAGAUAAGAUCAACCUGAGCACGCUGAAGGGAGAAGGUCAGCUCUCCAACCUGGAGCUGGAUGAGGAGGUUCUGCAGAACAUGCUGGAUCUGCCCACGUGGCUCUCCAUCAGCCGUGUCUACUGCAACAAAGCCGCCAUCAGAAUCCAGUGGACGAAAUUAAAGACAAGCCCCAUAUGCCUGUUUCUUGACAAGGUGGAAGUAGAGAUGAUGACGUGUGAGGAGCCUCGCCCUCCUAAUGGCCCCUCUCCAAUUGCCAUCACUGCAGGUCAAAGUGAGUACGGCUUUGCAGAGAAGGUUGUGGAGGGCAUGUCGGUCAUCAUUAACUCCAUCAUUAUUAAAGUGAAGUCCAGAGCAUUUCACGCCUCCUUCGAGCUCUGGCAGCUUCAGGGCUUCAGUCUGAACCCUAAGUGGCAGAAGAGUGACCUCCGAUACACACGAAUCACACACCCUAAGAGAGGAGAGGUGCUGACCUUUAAAGAAAUUAACUGGCAGAGUUUGCGUAUCGAAGCGGACGCUAUAGAGAGUGAGGAACAGGAUUUGGGGAGCACACCGCUACGCCUCAUUACCAACCAGGGACGCAUCCGGAUCGCCCUUAAACGCAGGGUGAAGGACUGUAAUGUUCUGGCAUCGAAGCUGCUCUUCAUCCUGGAUGACCUGCUGUGGGUUCUGACCGACUCUCAGCUUAAAGCCGUCAUCCAUUACGCUAAAUCUCUGAGUGAGGCCAUGGAGAAAUCCGCACAGCAGAGGAAGAGCAUGGAGACAGUCCCUACCUCUCCUGGACCCCGUCCACCGUGGCCAGAGCCACACCCAGUCCCUGCGGCGACGCCCAACACGUUAGCACAGUAUUUCGACCUUUAUGAUGUGAAGGAGUCAUCGUAUCACACAUUUAUUUCUCGCCUUGACCUGCACAUCUGCAACGACAGCUCGUCAUCAGAAACAGAUGAACCCCCAAUUCCGGGCUCCCAGGGUGCAAUGCAGCUGACCUUUCGUAAACUGGGCUUUGAUUACUACCCCUUCCACAGACCAAGCGAUGGCUGUCGACAUUGGGAGCGUUACUGCAGUGCUUUGGACUCUCGCACUCAGUGGGCGUCUAAACUGCUACAGGAUUUUCAGAAGAAACUAGAGAGCUCAGGAUUUCCCCAACCUCCAUCUGAACCUCGAGAUGGAGAGUCCGUUACAAACUCUGAUGAAUGUUUGGCUUUAAAGAAACUCCGCUCUAGCUGCAUGGUGAUCCGUGUGGACGAUCUGGACAUCCACCAGGUGUCCACCGGGGGGCGUCACAGCAAGAAAACCCAGUCGCUUUUAUCAUGUAACCGCAAAGUGCUGAACAUGGCAGAGAACACGCCUGCGAUCCACCUGCAGUUUACUGAGUAUUACUUCCCUCACAGCGCCGGAGGACCUGUGCCCUGCUCUAAUCUGUACGGUCAGCUGAACGGUCUGCAGCUGUGUGUGGACGCUGCGAGUGUGUUGUGGAUGUAUGUGUUUUGUCGUGGCUUGCUGACGACUCUGGAGCAGGUGAAGGCCUUUUAUCACCUGCAGGACAGCAGCAAGAGUGAUGAACACGUGGAUGUCAGAGUGGACGCUACGCAGCUGAAGCUGAUUGUUCCUCUCGACUCGUCCAUCUUGGAUCACCCUGAUCGUCCACAUGCUCUGGGUUUCACUCUGUCUCAGGCAUUUCUGAGCAACACCCAUCACUCUCCUCACUCGUCCUUCUCCGACCUCGAGUCCACCUUCUCUUCUUUUUCCUCUCAGCCAUUUUUCCGACCCUCACCAAUCUCUCCUUUUCCUCGUGACCAGAACACCUUGCACCCCCUUCCUCCAGCGUUCCUAAAGUCUGAUACCUCGCUCGCACUUUCACGGUCAUCUUCACGGGAUGUGUGGAGUCUCAGCCUGUCCCGUGCAGCGGGGUGUUUUGAGGGUGCGCGGCAAGGAGGCAAAGCACCACCGUUCAUGGAGCCGUUCACUGGGUGUGUGUGGAUGUGCCGCCCGCAAGCUUUAACAAGGUCAAUGAGUCAGGAGGGAUCGUCAAAAAAUGCAGAAAAUGGCGCUGAAAAUCUGUCCAAUCACGACGCUCCAUUAGCGUCCAUCCACUUCCUGGUUCAGUCCAUCACUCCAAUCCGAAUGUGGCUUAGUCAUUAUCAGUACGUUGCUCUGCUCCGGAUGAAGGAUUAUCUCGCUAGGUUAGCCUCCGACCUCAAUCGCUUUCCGAGUGCAAAGACUAAAACAGCGGCUCUUCCCACAGUGUGUGUAUCGCUCCUCUUGGAGGCGCUGGAUCUCAGUUUGCUUCUUCCACCUAUCGACGGGAAAACAGAAGAAGAAGAAGCGCCAGAGGAAACAGACACGCAAAGCCUGACGGACUCUGACCUCUCGCCAUCACGCCCAGACAGCGGGAUCGUGGGAAGCACGGAAAAAGCGUUGGAGCAGGAGGAUGAGUGUGAUGGAGCAGGGGAAGGGCCGGUAGAGGAGGCAUGCGAGGCUGUUGAAGAGGGAUUGGAUGAAGGGAAUGGUCAGGGAGGCGAAUCCCAGGUCGCGACCUCCGUCGUUUCACCACCACCGUCUCCGGCUACAGUGCAGAAUCAGAACACUUCCAUGGUCAGCCUGGAGGGGGAGCUGUCCAACGCACUCAGUGUGACCAAAGACGUGACUAAAGACGCCCUUAGCGCUUCCCUGGACCUCACCAAGGGGGCGCUGUCCAUCACUAAAGACGCUCUCAGCAUCCUGAGCCGCGGCUCUGCCAUGAGCAAAAUAUUCAGCACUCAGAGCAAAGAACCAGAUGACGCCGCUCUGCGUCUGCCACCCCUCAAACACUCGUUUUCCCAGAAUUCCUGUGACAGCGUGGUCAUGGACACCAGCGCGACUGACGAUGGCCUCUCAUUGGACAGUGACACCAGCGAAAACUUCGUCAUCCUCACAGACUCGGAGUCCACUCGUCCUAAUGGCACUCCCGUCCACUCAGCGAGGACAGACGGAGGAUCAUCAGCUGAGCUGAGCAGCUCUCUGUCUCACAGCACUGAGGACAUGUCUCAGGAUAUGGUGUGUGUGCUGCUGCUGUCUCUGCGUGCUGUUCGCUCUGUGCUUGAGCUCCAUGCACAGGAUGCAGUGGUGGCGAUGGAGGUUCAGUCUGUUACGCCAAAGCAGCUGGGAAACCAGCGAGUGGUUGACCUGCAAACGCUCGCACACGGUGCUUCCUCUCCACCGAUGUCCCCUGUUUCCCGCACCCCGGUGGUGUGUGUGAGGGUGGAGGUGGGGCCAGGGGCGGGGCGUCACUGCUGUGCGGCAGAGAGUGCAGGUUUCGUAGAGGUGUGUGUGCGUGGGUGUGAGGCCGAGCUGCUCACCUCAACAAUAAACACACUCGGUCCGUUCAUGGAGGACGAGCUGAGCUCAGACGCCCAGCCAAUCAGAAUCACCGUACACAACACCCGCAUCACGCUCAAGGAUGACAGUCCCCGUGUGUAUCCCACCGCCCCCCAGCCUGUUCCCGUCUCCUUUGUCUUAGAUGGUGUAGUUGUGGAGCGGCUGGACAACGCCAUGCUUACAGUCAGACCCACUGCCAGCCAAUCAGGAAGCAUAGCCUGCUGUGGACCUGAAGGAGAUAACAAGAUCCAAGCCCUACAGUCUGAGCUUGCUGACGUUCACUCCGCCCUCUCCGCUGCCGUCUCCGACCGGGAACGUCUCUUACAAGAAAUCCGCAAAUACGACCCGUCCUUCACGCUAUGACCUCACACCACUAUUGGGCAAAGGUCAGAGGUCAUGGUUCAAAUGCAAGAACAAAAUCUGUGUGUGUGGAAGGAGAGAGUGUUAACUUCUGUGUCCUCUUCCUGACAACCAGGUGCCAUGAAGAGCUUUACUUCCUGUUACUUAGUGACCAUUACAGUGUUAUUGCUUUUAUUUUAUAUUGAUUUUUUUUACAUUUUCUUUGCUGUAAAUAGACUGGUACAGUUAGGAUAGGCUGCUAAUGAGAGGCAUCACUGCAGUGUAUGUGUGCGUGUGUGUGUGUGUGUGUGUGAGCUCAUGAGAAGAACGUGAGCGGUGAAAACACAGCACUGGACCUCAGUCUUAUUUCAGCUGCACCGUGUGUGGGUGGGUGCGUGUGUGUUACGUCAGUUACUUGUGUGUUUGAGUUUUAGGGACUUAUAUACUACACACACACACACACACACACACACACACACACACUGUCAAACCAAUGUACACUCAUCGCAUGUGCCAAUUUAAAAAAAUAUUCCUCAACCUUUUAUCACAGUUCAUAAAAUCAGAAAAAUUCUGAAUUUUUUUACACAUUCAUCCCAUAAUAUACUUCUUUUCUAAUAUCCUCAAAUGCACUGUGCAUUGUGGAGGGUUUUGUAAAAAGUGCUAAUUAGCACACAACCGUAAAUGCUAGAUACUUUAGCAAGAUCACAGUAGUGCAAUCAUGUGUGAUGAAUAUCACAGUGUAUCAUUCAUCAAUUAUCGGCUCAUGCAUGCUUUAUUUUUAGUAUUUGUUUAAAAUAAUGUUUUGGUACUAGACGUAUGUGUGAGAUUAGCUCUAAGUGUUCAUGGUUUUUUCUUUUUCUUUGUUCUCUACAUUCAUUUUUUUAAUGUAAUUUGCACAAACCUGAAAAUGUGACACACGGGAUGUUGACGUGAUCUGCAUGCUCGACUCUCUACCUUAGAUGUUUAGAAUCAAGUGUACAGGUACUUAGGUGUUCAAAUGUCUGUUUGAAUUUUGGUAUAGAAGCCUGUAUUACGCAGUCAGUGGCUCAUUAUGUAAUUAUAGUGCCGGGAGUCAGGUGGAAGGUUGGAUCAGAUGGUGUAGUGUAAAUGCGUUUACUUUAUUGUUUAUGUUUGACUAGAUAGUAGCGCCAUCUUGUGUUCCCGAGGUUCUGUAUUUCAGCCCCAUGUCGCCUCAAUGCCACGUCAGCACUAACAUCCAAACUCUCAUAGAUUAAUAACUGUAUAUGUGAGGAAUAACACAUGACAGGUCAUGUUAUUAUAGGAAAAUAAUCCAUGACAGGGUGGUGGGAUGCCGUUAUCAGCCUAAAGUGGAUUAUUUUCCUAUAAAAGCACAUCAUGAAGUGUUUUAUUCCUGUUAUACAACAGGAGGAUAUUAAUGAACAUCACGCUUAAUGUUCCGUGAGAUAAGUUACUUCCUGUUAUCCCUGAGUAUAGUAGCUAUAAGCAGUCGUUCUUUCUUGACGUUAAUACACCAGAAACACAGCUUGUCAUGUUACUGAGAAACCAGAACGUUUCCAUGGAAGAAAAUUGACCAACUCUUACAAAGCGCUGACACUGGAGACUUCCUUAAAUGUGAAUUAAACAUAUCCAUACAGAAAAGUUACCAUAUCAGCGAUUAUACGUUUUCCUUUGUUAAAUAACACAGAUUUUUUCAAUCCGUUUAUUAUCAGUCUUAGAUUAUGUAGACCUUCCACCAUGCAAGUCGCUGCGUAUAAGCUGUUACUAUAGAAACGAUACCAUAUUCGAAUGAGCGCAUUAAUAUAAACCUAACAUUUACGUUACAAUGGGAACUACUGUCAGAGCUGCUGUAAUAGAAAAUUAAUCAGCACCUUCAGAAUUUAACUUGUCUGUGGUAUAAAUUCUGAUAUUAUAUGUCCAAUAGAUUCAGUGUUUAUUCAUUUAAUUAUAAAUCCGUUAAAUCAUUUGAAAGACACUUGUUGGAUCUAUGCGAAGGUGAUUUGAGGUGACCUUUGGUGACCCCAUGACCUUAGCCAGGACAUUGGAAACCAUUUCACAAGUUUCCUUGAAUCAUUUAGGGAACAUUGUAAUGAUGGGAAUCCCAGCUCUUUAUAGUUACAGUUAGCUAAACGUAAAGAGCUAACAGCUUCAUGAAAAAUAUGUGAAAGCCAAGCAUAACUAUUGAGAGAUGGUUACAGAACGUUUUUUUUUUUUUUGUGUACCAUUAUGUAUCAUUAACACACUUUGUCAGUAGCUGAGUUUAGGCCCUGUGUUUAUUGCUCUGUUUUGCCUCCUAGUGGAAUAACAGAGACUGUAACGGGUCAGUUACAGGGUGAUUUGGUGGGUCGUAUGUUUAACAGCCCUGCUCUUAGACAUGGUGGAAUAGAUUGGUGGAAAAUUUUCCAUAUACACUGCAAGGUAAAAGUUUCUGAACACCCUGUAUUAAUAUUUUUAGUUAAACUUCACGAUACAGGUGCAAGUUAAAUACUGUAGAAUUAGAAAAUCUAGAAAGAAAUGUGUGACUUUUUAGUUUGUUGUUUUGAAAAGAAAUUUAGAUGUAACUGGAAAAGGUUGCUCUAGAUCACUCUGAUGAUCUAGACACUUGUAGCACACAUGUUUGUGUUACAGUUAAUUAGGGCUGCAGUCAAGGAACCGUUGUCAAGUCCAAGACUAGCCGAGAUUGAGUCAUGAUCAAUCUCGAGUCCAAAUGAAAGCGAGAGCAAGACCACAAAGCAUCAAGUCCUUUUCAAGGUCAGGUCUUCCUUCAGCUAGUUGGCUUCAGUCAGGAAUUGUGGCAAUGAUUGGUCUGUUUUCUAGAAGAAGGAAUUAUUUGUCAUCAAAGUUUUUGCAUGUGAAAAACAUAAGAAAAGACAACACGACCAUUAUUUUUUACAAACUCAAGGUCAAGAUCAAGAUCAUAUUUAAUGAGGCCAAUGCUUGGUCCAGGUACAGAUGUCAAAAAGUCCAAGUCGGUACAGAAAACGUCUCGAGACCGGACUCGAUUCCUACAGGCCUACGGUUGAUACUAACACUGUGUGAUAUCAGCUGUAAGACAAAUCUCAGCAGGUUGACCACUUCACCGAACAAGUGCACUCACCGUUAAUAAAGCACACCUUCAGACUCCUGCUACAGGCUGAGAGUGAACAAUGAACAAGUCCUUAAAUACACAGAUUUAAAUAUAAAGGGAGAAUACAUUUCCCUUAUUUAAUUACCAGUAGUGGGUAAGCUGUUUAAAAAAAAAACCUCCACAUGUUCAAAAAAAGUGGUUGUUCAGUCUUAGAUACGUGAUGUUACGUGAUGUUACGUUAAUGUUAGAAUGAUUUCUCACUAUACACCAUCACACCUAUACAGCGUCACAGCCAGAGUGUGAAAAGUGUAGCAUUUUGUAAGCAUUUAAGAAUGUAAAUGGUCUUCCACAUGAGAGAGAGAGAGAGAGAGAGAGAGCGUGUGUGUGUGUGUGUGUGUGUGUUUGGUUGCUACUGUAUAUACUGUACACAUUGAGAGAGAAACACACAGCAAAAAAAAUCUAACUGAUAAGCUCUUCUUGUCUUUCUUUCCCAUAAACAUUUUUAUGCAUGAACAUACUUGAUAUUUUACACAAGUGCAAUAUUGUGUAUAUAUCAGUGUGUAUAUCAGUGUCAUGGGUUUUAUUUAAGAAACAUUGUGUUAGAUUGGGACACAGCCCAGUCUCCUGUAGUUUGUAUGGAUUUGCAAUGUAUUUUUUUUUUUUUUUUGUAGGAGUAGUCUCUUUGUGUGUAUGAUCAAGGUCAUGAACUAGUUCCCUUUAAGGUUCCUCAUUAAGAUCAAUUGCUUGUUAAACGCUCAUUUUAUCUCGCCGAUGGUGCAGAUACACCGGCUCUGUGGCCUCGUCCCAAAUGAAUACAGCAUGCACACUUGUUUCCUGUUGAAUCCCUUUUACUCGCUAGAGUUUCUAUUCUGAAAGCUACUCCAUCCAUGAUUAGCUCUGCGGCUUUGUCCCAAACCGCUAUCCACCCUACAUGCUCAUUCAUCCCUGCUCAGGCAACGUUCCUCACUACAGAGUGUCCAGGGAUAUUGUUUGUUUGGACUCGGCAGGUGCUGAUAUAAAGUGUUCAUAUUAUGGUAAUUAACAAAAAAAAAAAAAACAACAGUUAGAAGACUGCUGUAUUUCUGCUGCAGAAUGUGACGGACUUUAUCUAGGGUGCUAUUCACCCAGGCAGCGUCCUUCUAAAUGGAAUGCCGGGGGACAUGACGUUAUUAUUAAACAUCCAUGAUACAGUGCAGUGUGUGCUAAGCAUACUGUAAUAUAUUGUAUAAUCAAACUAUUGCUCCAUGCCUAGUUCAGACACGUAGAUUUUGGGAUUUAGGUACGCGUCCUGUCUGUAUAGGUUUGGCAUACAAAUGGGUGCUCUCUUGUAACAUUUCAUGAUUAAAUUUUCAAGAUACAAAUUCUGUAAUGGUACAGUAAAAAAAUUACAGUGUGUUCCUGAGUCAUAUUUCUACAGAGCCCUGCUGGUAACAUCUCUACUUAGUAAAAAUAAUGCGUGGCCAUGACUUACUAAGAAGAGCGAAUGGGAAUCACGACUUAAUAAUUUAGAUAAUUAAGAAAGUGUAGCCACAGUUUAACACAUGAGAACGAGAUAAUUAAAUGUGGACACUACUUAGUAACGUGAGCAAAUGAGAUAAUUAAGUGUAGCCACAACUUCAUAACACGCGGGAACAAGGUAAUUAAGUGAAGCCACGACUCAGUAAUGCAAGAGAACAAGAUAAUUAAGUGUGGCCAUAACAUGGGAAAACAACGUGAGACAAUGAGAUAAUUAAGUGUGGCCAUGACUCUGUAAUGCGAGAGAAAGAGAUAAUUAAAUAUGGCAAUGACUCUGUAAGGGAACAAGACAGUUAAAUGUGGCCAUAACUCUGUAAUGCAAGGGAAUGAGAUAAUUAAUUAUGGCCAUAACUCUGUAAAGUAAGGGAACAAGACAACUAAGUAUGGCCAUAACUCUGUAAUGCGAGGGAAUGAGAUAAUUUAAUGUAGCCAUGACUCUGUAAUUCGAGGGAACGAGAUAAUUAAUAUGGCAAUGAUUGUGUAAUAUGAGUGAACGGGAUAAUUAAAUGUGGCCACGACUCUAAAGCGAGGAAAUGGGAUAACUAAAUAUGGCCAUGACUCUGUAAUGUGAGGGAACGAGAUAAUUAAACGUGGCCAUGACUCUGUAGUACAAGAGAACGAGAUAACUAAAUGUGGCCAUGACUCUGUAAUGCGAGGGAACAAGACAGUUAAACGUGGCCAUAACUCUGUAAUAUGAGGGAAUGGGAUAAUUAAACGUGGCCAUGACUCUGUAAUAUGAGGGAAUGGGAUAAUUAAACGUGGCCAUGACUCUGUAAUAUGAGGGAACGGGAUAAUUAAAUGUGGUCAUGACACUGUAAUGCGAGACAACGAGAUAAUUAAAUGUGGCAUGCCCCAAACUGGCUUGAAUAGACUGUUUGUUUUGAAAAGGUUUUUUCACUUAGAACAAAUGUGUGUGUGUGUGUG